AUGUCGGCCACAUCGGCGCAGCACUACAGCCAGCGGACGACGCAGCUGCUGAGCCACGCAGCGACGCUUGGCGUGAGCGUACCGCGGACCGAGGGUGCUUUCUCGUCGGUCUUGUCCUCGUGGGCGGUCGACGCCACCAGCGCCGUGGGUGGGCAGCGGCUGCGGGCGUCGGACCUGCGUACGCUGCCGUCGCCAACCCACUCCCCCGGCUACUCUGUGGCACAGGCACGGUCGCUGCGGGCGACUCGCGAAGCUAGCCAGCGCGAGCUUGAGCGCGGGGCCACCGUGGCUCUGGCCCGGUCGCGGCUGCUGCGGUCACGGUCGCGGUCGCCGACCCGAACCACUGUCGGCUACGGCUCGCUCCUAUCGCACCAGCGGACGCGGACGCUUUCGCCUGUCCGCGGCGCACAUCCAGCCGGAUCGGGGCUGACGGCGCCGCUUCCUGCUGCCGCCUUCCGCUAUUCGAGUGCGUCCUCACCGUCGCGGCGCUCGCCGGCUCCCGCCCUGCCGCCGCGACCAAGCUCGACGCUCCCACCAUCGCCAGACCGUGUUGUUGACUCGCUCACCCGCAUCAUUUCCGAGCAGCGCCACAUCAUUUCACAGCAAGAACAGGAGCUCGUUGCAUUGCGGCGGCUUGUUCGUGAGCAUGGUAUCUCGGUCAUCCCGACUGUGAUCGCAGGGACUGACCGCCCAGCCAACUCUAUUGUUGACUUGCCUGUUGACGACCUAGUGGACGAGCUUGCUCCUGUCCCGAUCGUUGCCCCUGUUGCCAUCACCAUCGGCACAGCCCCCUCAAUUGACGCCGCCUUUGCCUCCAUUCCAGUCCACGAUGACGGCUACAUCUCCCCGGCCACUCUUCAAACCGUUCUCGUCAACGCCCUCGGCUACCGUGCCGGUGACGCCGAGGUCGAAGCCGACGAGCUCACCGCCGACGGCCUAACACGCACUGACCUGCAAGACAUGCUCGCUUGCGUCUUUGAGGACGACUUCGCCAAGCUCACCGCACUCGCCUCCAUCGACUGGGCUGCUGCCGCCGCCGACCGCGCCGCUGCCAAGACUGACAUCGAGAUUCAUCUCGUCACCGCCGACGGCACAGUCCUUGAGGGCGAGUCGGUCAUGAACCGCCCGCCGCCGCCGGCUGUUCCGCCGCCGCCGCUCGACGACACUCAUCUCCACCUCUGA